UCAUUUCUUAAGAUUUUUUUGACAUUUGACGUUAGUUCGUCCUUUCUGCCGGCCGGUCUUAUUAAAUUCUAACCAAUUUUGUAUCGUUUUAUUAAAAAAAAUAGUAUAUACAGUUAAUAAGUGGAGGAAUUUUAGAAUUAUAGUUUGUGUUGAAAAUAAGUCUCAUUAAAACCGAGAUGGCUGAUCAAGGCUUUUUGAAAGAUAAAGUAGGAUUUGCCACUAUUGCAAUUCAUGCUGGGCAGGAACCAGAGAAAUGGAAGUCAGCAGCUGUUGUACCACCUAUAGUGACUUCAACAACAUUUAAACAACCAGCACCUGCUGAACACACGGGCUUUGAGUAUGGACGCUCAGGAAAUCCAUCUAGAAAUACACUGGAAGAAUGCCUUGCAGCCCUAGAAGGUGGAAAAUAUGGCAUCACUUUUUCUUCUGGGCUCGGUGCUACCACAACAUUGGUUGCAUUACUUAGUAAAGGUGACCAUAUUGUGUGCAGUGAUGACAUUUAUGGUGGCACAAAUAGAUUACUCAGAAAUGUUGUAGCACGACAGGGUAUUGAAACAACUUUUACUGACUUUACAAACAUAAAAAAUAUUGAAAAUGCAAUUCAAGAAAACACCAAGAUGGUAUGGAUAGAGACACCAACAAACCCUCUAUUAAAAGUAGCAGAUAUUGCUGCCAUCACUGCAGCUGUUAAAAACUAUGGGAACAUUCUAAUUGUUGUGGACAACACCUUCCUUACAUCUUACUUACAAAGACCCCUGGACUUUGGCGCCGACAUAGUAAUGUAUUCACUAACGAAGUACAUGAAUGGACAUUCAGAUGUUAUCAUGGGCGCGGCAAUAGUUAAUGAACCUGAAAUAGAACAAAAACUUAGAUUUUUGCAAAAUGCAAUGGGAGUUGUACCAGCACCAUUUGACUGCUACUUAGUUAAUAGAAGCUUGAAAACUUUAGCACUCCGCAUGGCACGUCAUAGAACAUCGGCAUUUACUAUAGCAAAAUGGUUGGAACAACACCCCAAAGUAGUUGAAGUGUUACAUCCAGGCCUUCCAUCACAUCCACAAUAUGAAAUAGCCAAAAAACAAACAAGUGGACAUUCAGGCGUCUUUAGUUUUAAGCAUUCCGGUGGUUUAGAGGAGUCAAGAAAGUUUUUAAGCUCCCUAAAAGUAUUUAUUUUAGCUGAAAGUUUAGGAGGCUAUGAGAGUUUGGCGGAAUUACCAUCAUUAAUGACACACGCGUCAGUCCCCGCUCAGCAGCGUCUCGAAUUGGGCAUAACCGAUUCACUGAUAAGACUAUCAGUUGGAUUAGAAGACACGACAGAUCUUAUCGAGGACUUGGAUCAGGCUUUCAAAGCUGCGUUCUGAAUAUCUAAAAUAAUAUUACACACAAAUGCCUUUUGUAUUAAUUUAUAUAGUGUUUGUAACAAACGUUAAACGUUUGUGUAGAGAUGUAGGUACCGCACAAUGACUAAUCAUUGAAUCUCGUAUUUAAAAUUCUAAUGUAGCGACGAAUAAGUGUGCCGGAAAUAACUUUGCAUAGUUCACCUGAGGGUAAUGUAUUGAAUAAGUGAUAAUAUUUGAAAUACUUCUACUUAAUUAUAUUAGUUUUUUUUUUUUUUUUGUUAAUUUCUCCAUAUGUUGGAUAUAUAUUAUUAUUAAGUAUUUUUUGUUAAAUUUAUAUGCAUAUAUUUAACAACAAAUACUGUUGAAAUUACAACUGUAAUAAUUUUGAAAUGAAAUCAUAUAAUCAGUGACAUGAUUUCGUGAUGUUGUUGUAUGAUGUAAUUCAAUUAAAUUUCGGCCCAGUUUUUUUUACGGUACCUACACAGUAGUUAGAACUUAUUUUAUAUGUUCCAAUUAUUUAUAACAUCUUGUUGAAUUAUUUAUAGGUACAAAGUAUCUUUAUUAUUACUAAUUUCUUUAUAUUAAUGGUCCUUUACUGACAAAUAUACAUCACCAUAUUUUUA